AUGCGUUUUGCUGUGUGCAACGCGUCUACCUCUUCGAAAGGAGACCACCGAGCAGCACAAGAAGCUGAGAUCUACACGGGGAAAAGAAACAACAGGUUACACGGCGGUUCCAAGCAAAUCCUUCUGCUCCCUGGAGAAAUCGAAGAUCCGCAGUCCUGGAUCCGGGGAACGGAUCCCUUGGCAAUGCCAAAAGGGCCACGAGCAGCUGAGUCGGGCGAUGACGAGUACCGGGGCGAGCAGUCGGAGAGCGACGACGAGGUCGACUCGGACUUCGACAUCGACGAGGGCGACGAGCCGGGCAGCGAGGCGGACGAGAGCGAGCCCCGGCCGCGGCGCCGCGGCCUCCCCAGGGCCUACCGGGAGCCCAUCAAGACGCUGCGAUCCAAGAAGCCGGACGCUCCCAGCGGCUCGCAGCGGGCCAAGCCCACCCCGUCGGAGCUGCAGGAUGAAGUGGUAGACAGCGAAUGCCGCAAGCACAUGCGGCAGUCGACGACGGAGCACACGCGGCAGACCUUCCUGCGGCUGCAGGAGCGCCAGGUGCAGUCCAAGCGCAAGAAGGGCGGCCCCAACCACGAGCGGCCGCUCACGCAGGAGGAGCUGCUGGAGGAGGCCAAGAUCACGGAGGAGAUCAACCUGCGCUCGCUGGAGAACUACGAGCGCCUGGAGGCCGACAAGAAGAAGCAGGUUCACAAGAAGCGCAAGUGCGUGGGGCCCGUCAUCCGCUACUGGUCYGUCACCAUGCCGCUCGUCACGGAGCUGGGCAAGGAGGAGAACGUGGACGUGGAGGGGCUGGAUCAGGAGGCGCAGCAGGCGGAGGCGCCCGCGGCCGCGGCGGGCAAGUGCUCGCGCACCUUCAUCACCUUCAGCGACGACGAGACCUUCGAGCGCUUCUUCCCCAAGGCGAAGCCGCCGCGCGUGCCCGUGCGCGAGCUCUGCCCCGUGACGCACAAGCCCGCCGUCUACCGCGACCCCGUCACCGACAUCCCCUACUCCAACAUCCGCGCCUUCAAGAUCAUCCGCGAGGCCUACAAGAAGUACAUCACGGCGCACGGGCUGCCCGGCGCCGCCACGGCCGCCGCCAAGAUCAUCAUCAAGCAGAGUGUGCCGGCCACCUGA